AUGCCGCGUGUGGGAGGAAGUGUUGUGUCGGCUCCUGCUCCUGCAGCCGGCGACACGAAGGAAGUCUCCUCCCCAAAGCGAAGAAGGACCGCUGCCGGGAAGGACAAUCUGAAGACCAAAAGCCUUCAGGUGAAUGCGCAAGAGGGCGUUGACACACCUGCAGCAUCGCCAGCCUCCAAGCGAAAGAAAGCCAAGAAGGACAAGGAGCCGAAGGAGCUUCCCAAGGAGCUCCCAGAGCCAAAAGAGGAGCCGCCGGAGGAGCCAGUCACCGAAGCCGACCCCGCUGCGGACCCCUUCGCCGGGCUGGAGGCGCAGCUGGAAGGCUUGGUGGACACGGCAGAAGAACUGCCGGCCCCCAAAAUUGAGGUGUCUCAAGAUAGACAAACAGAAGCUUUGAAGGAUGCGGUUGCGGAGGGUGCCUGGUUCUCCUCUGAGACGUUUGAAGACCUCCUUCCAGAGCGGUACAGGGAAAGCUUGGGCAGCCCCCAUCAAGACCUCAUCGAGCUUGUCAUGAGCUCUCACACCUGGUGGCGGCCUGGUUUGCGAUCUUUGGUGAAGAAUUUGGCGGAUCUGAAUCAGGUCACCAAGUCUGAGUUGCCAAAGAAGAUGGAUGCGCUGGAUUCAGAGAAGCUGGCCGAAUUGCUAAUGCGAAUGCAGGCUGCUGUGGAGAAGCCACUUUAUUCUUUUUCGGAUCACUUGAAGCCAGCGCUGGCUCGACGAAUCCAUGUCGGCACCAUGGACUACAUGGGUGGGUCGCACGAGUCAUACCGACGGACGUUCGAGUUCAUCGAGAUGACCAACACCUGGCACGAUGUGGACAAACCAACCCGUGACAUCGGCGACCUCUACAGGAAGAAGCUGAAUUGCUCGUACAAGGAUCCUGCCAUGUACAAGGCCUUAGCUGCCCGUGCAGCAGACAAGCGAGACUCCUUCCGAAUGGUGGUGAAGGUGAGCUGUGUGGCCACCCACCUCACGAAGCUGCAGAAUGUUCUGGAUUGGUGGCCUGCGUUGUGGCAAGAAAAGUACCAUUACCUGGCACCCGCCACUGUCGCCUUCUUGUGGCAGUUUCCUCCAAGCUUCGUCUACAGUGACGAACUCUACUCAAGGUUUGAGAGGCUCGUGGAGUUCCUGAGCCAGGAGGGCAGCGGCAUAGCGAAGGCCCGGCAUAUCGUGGACUUUCGUGACGGCAGCUGGUACCGUCAAGACGUCUACGACUUCUUGAGGGACAAGCGGUGGUGCCUGGCUUGGUUGCAUCUGAACAACACGACAGGAUGGGCUUCGAAUCUGCCCAGUGGCUGGACUGACCGCGUCCAGACCACGAACUUCUGCUUCUGCCGGCUCUUCGGACCGGACGGGCAGACACACGGAACUUACGACAAUAAGUUCCUGCACGAGCUUUUUGACAGUUGCCCACGGGGCACGACUACGUAUGUCCUCUUCGGCAAUAAGGCUCCCCUCUUCAGUGUGACCGUGGAGGAAAUUUCGGCGUGCCCGCCUGGUUUUUUCGCCAUGGGACGGUAUGGGAAGGAGCUUGGAGCUUUAGAGAAGGACCCUGCAGGCAAGUAUCUGGAGGAGGCAAGGCGGCAACGCAAGGAGCGUCUGGGCUGGACUGCGUCUGCCGCAGUUGUACACGAGGCCAACAGAACUUGGCCAUCUGCCGAUCUGCCUGAUGGCGCCAGUGAAGAGACGGUGACACAACUCCUGGAGGGGCUCACAGUGGGCUCUCGCAUUUCCUUUCGAGGCCUUGGCAAGGAAGAGAGGGCAUUGGUGCACUCCCUGGCCCAUCGCCUUCCCGGCCUCUCGAAAUCCUCCCGUGCCGAUCCAGAUGCAGAAGGCCAGCGAAUGGUCUGCGUGGAGCGUGUGGCGCCGUCCACGGCAGCCACGCCAGCAGCAGCCGCCAAGUCAGAGCCAGAUGCCGAUCCUGUUUUGCCUCGCCGAUCACGCUGGCGACGUGCAGCCGCUGGUGUCGUCACGGAGGUCACAGCUCCUGCCCAACCGUCCGAUGACGCGUUGCUUGCCACUGGUGGAUACCCGCAUCGCGAGGAGUGCAGGCCCACACCAUCGGCAGUUCCCGUUCCCACCCCAAGCCGACCAGCAAGCUUGAACUCAGCGAUUUGCAAGGUGAAAAGUCUUUGCAUCGUCUGGCUGCGGGACGAUAUGCGCCUUGAGGACAAUCCGGCCUUGUUCCACGCGUCGCGGGGCGGAUACGACGCUGUGCUCCCGCUCUUCAUCUUGGAGCCUGACACGCAUCCGCUGCGAGGUGCCGGCCGUUUCUGGAAACAUCAAUCCCUUCGGAGCUUCACCGGCACACUUCACAGACUCGGCAGCUGCCUGGUCCUUCGGCGUGGGAACGCUGCAGAGGAGAUUCCCCGGCUGCUCCUCGAGCUGGGCCUGCUCAGGGAUCUGCGAUCAACCGUUACGGUUCGAGUGCAGCUUUCUUUCAACCGCCGUGGCGAGCCCUGGCACCAAAGCUCGGACCGAGAGGUUGCCGGCAGGCUUCGUGCCUACGGCAUCGAAGUGGAGAGCUAUCCCGGCAACGUCCUCUACGAGCCGCAGGAUCUGCAGCCGAUCGAACGGUGGCAGAGGUGGCGGGCCAGGGUCCGGGCGGAGGAGGCUGCGGCCCGAGGGCUUCCGGCAGACUCGGCGGCAGCCAGCGGCAAGCCCAAGCAGCUGGAGCACAUCAGCGGCUUUGGCAGCUACCGCUUCUUCUCCCAUGCCCUAGAGGAGCUGGGUCCACCUCCGUUUCCCUUGGGCACGGUGGACCGGCUGCCCCGCUGCCCAAACGUUGCCUCGGAGGACUUGGAUUCUUUGGGCCUGGGCGAGACCUCAGGUCAAGGCUUCACGCCGGACUUUCGCCAGAGCGCCAGCCACAAAUCUGGCGAUUGGGCUGCCGGCAUCAGGUCUUGGUGGAAGGUUGGUGAAGCUGCGGCGAACGAGCGGCUUGCACACUUCCUGGACUCUGUACUGGCCGCGGGUGAUUUCGAAGGUCGGAAGCGACUGCUCUGCCACGAGCGGAACACAUCCGAGCUCUCCCCGUACAUCCGCUUCGGAGAGAUCUCAGCUCGAAAAGUUUACUGGGCAGCGAAGCGCCGCAGAGAGCGAACCAAUCAGAAGCUCUUCGAUAAUCCCGGUUACGAGUAUGUUGGAAGGCACGCCAGUUACCAGGGAAGUCGAGACCAGGCCACCAAGGCCAAUGCAACAUUCCUCCGGCGCUUCAUCUGGCGCGACCUGUCCUAUUGGUUCCUGUGGCAGUUCCCGAGCCUGCCGCGAACGUCCUUGCGACCGCAGUACGAGGAACAGACCUGGAGCGGCACCCGCCGGCAGCUGCGGCACUGGCAAAGAGGUUCCACUGGGUUCCCACUUGUCGAUGCAGCCAUGCGGCAGCUUUGGGCAGUGGGCUGGAUGCCGAACUACCUGCGCCAUGUGGUGGCGCAGACGCUCAUCGAGUACUUGGACCUGACUUGGAAGCACGGCCUGGAAUGGUUUGACUGGACCCUUGUGGACAUAGACGUGGCAAUCAACAGUUUCAUGUGGCAAAAUGGUGGCCACUCCGGCCCUGACCACUGGGAGUUUGUACUUCACCCAGUGAACGCUGCCAAAAGCUGCGAUCCAGAGGGGCACUACGUCCGGCGAUGGCUGCCCUUCUUGGCCGAAUGCCCCACCGAGUACAUUCACAGGCCCUGGGAGAUGCCCCUGCGAGUAGCUCGGCCGCUGGGGCUUCCCAAGCUGGAGCCCCUGGUGCGGGAUCUCGACGCGGCGCGCCGGGCGCAUUGCAGGCAGGUGUUGGAGGUCCGGCGAAAGCAUCCGGAGAUGGUCUCCCGAACGGGCCAUGAAUGGCUUCGCUUGGGCGGCGGGCUCUUAGCGAAGCUUGUGACCCGGCAAGAGUUCCGCGCAGAGACCGAGGACUUCAUCUUCUACCAGGGACCAAGGCACAAAGGCUCCAAGGGUGGAUCCAAAGGUGUGGGACUGGAUGCCGGCCGCAGCCUGCUUGAGGAGGAGGUGCAAAAGCACGACAGCGACACCUUCGGCCCUGGCCUGUGA